AGGAGUGAGUCAUGAGAUGAGACACCACACACAAACGUUGAACAUUUGACAUCCCUUUCCUUUAAAGGCCAAUUCUCUCUUACUUUCAAGUUUCAAUCUUUCUUCUUCUUCUUCUCCCAUUGGACGUUUUACUUUUCUUACCAACGCAAUUUUGUUCUCACCUUUGCUAUAACGCCAAAACACCCUCUUCUCUCCUCCUUUUGCUCAUUCUUCACCUCUCUUCUCUCUCACUUCCACUCUACUCUCUCUCUCUCUCUCUCUCUCUCUCUUAUGUGCAGUGCAUAGCGUGAACUCUUCUUAUAUAUAUAUAUGUAUAUAUUUCUGCAGGGUCCUUGAACCUUGAUGAUCAAAAAGUGAUUUUGUGAAAUGGGUUUGUGUUCUUCUGUCCACAGAAACCAGGAAACAACGAACAUGAAGCAUCAUCUCAGUCUUUCAUUUGGGUCCAAAACUGACAAGCUUGUGAUUCCUCCAUCACCCAUCAAGGACAAACCCAAAAAUGGAAACUUUUUGCUUGAUGAUCUUGCCCUUAAAUCUCACACCUUCACGGUCACUGACUAUGGUAAUAAUGGUAGCAAAGAGGAAGCAUUUUUUGAUUCGAAGAAUUGGUUAGACUCAGAUUGUGAAGAUGAUUUCUACAGUGUCAAGGGUGAUUUCACCCCAUCUCGUGGAUCCACUCCAUUGCACCAUACUUUUGGUACCCCUAUUGUGAAAACCCCUUCUGAAAAUAUAACUCCUGGUUCUGUUGUGCCUGAAACAUCUCCAACAGAAAAGAAAAAGAAACUGUUGGAGCUUUUUCGAGAAAGUGUCAGAGAAGACAAAAAUGAUGAUGUUGGAAACACUUCAGGCAAUGAAAAGAAAGAAGUUAAACCAACCAUACAUGAACUUCUUCCUAAAUCAGCACACAGUACUCCUUAUAUCUCAGGUGGAAACUCUGCAUGUAGUAGUGAAAGAACCAUGAAUGAUGAUCAUGCAUCCAUUAGAGAGAAAUCAGUUAAGUCUGUGCAGCGUUGCCUUCCAAGCUUGGCUUCUUGUCGUAGCUUUAGUGAGAGGAGGAGGAAGACUAGUCCUGCAAUAGCGGCUAAUGGAAAAGCUUGACUCCUAUUAACAAUAUUGAAGAUGAUAAUAUCUUCAACAUAUCCUUGUAAAGUGCCAAGUUGCAAUAUGAAUUUGAAAGCAUGUACACAUAAACAGAAGCUAUGCUUUAUCAAUAAGCAAUGAGAUUUUUGUUUCAUAAUCAAUCUUCAGUUAUAA